AUGAAAACUAAAGGAAUAACGUACUAUUACAAUUUUUUUCUAACUUGUAUAAUUCGAAAUAUCAUUCUAUAUUUGCAAUAUGCUAAAAGUAAAUCCCAUAAUUGAUACUUAUAUAUUGUCAAUAAAGUUUGAUAGCAAUUGUUCUGUGUCAUAUCUAAUAAUGAGAUAUGUAUUUCAAGUAGCAAAAGUAGUGACACAUGGUGUAUUCUUUGCAAAAGCGCCGCGUAUAUGUCAGCUGACAGAAAAACUAUUAAAUUCUUAGUUUUUUCAUUUCUUCCCCAGUUAAGAAAUUGUUAACCAAAAUCAAUGGUGAAAGCAUCUUUACAUUGUAAACGCAAAAUUUUAAAACGCUAACGAAUAUUGAUCAAAAUUUGUUUAAAAAAUAUAAUUUCAAUUAUUAAUGAACAGUUCGCCCAUUUUUGUAUAUGUUAAUGUGUCAUCUAAGAUAAUGAUUCUAUAUUAUAUAAUUUCCUUCUAAAGAGAUACUAUAAUGUUGAUGAAUAAAAGGUGAAUGAGAUAUAUUCGAUCUCAUAUAACGAGUGGCGUCUUAAAAAAAAAUGACUGACUCUUCAGCCUCCGGCGUAUCUGCCAUUAUAAGGAUAAUUAACAAUGUAGUGACAUUUGUAAAGUGUAUUACACGAACAGGCUUUGUAAUAUUAAAUAAUAUCUAUUGUAUACCUACGUAUAUAGUAUGGAUGACUUUGUUGUAUCCUGUGAAAGUAUAUCAACCACAAGUAUAUUGGCGAAUAGAGGGCCUUUUUUUUCAUUGGUUACUAGCCAUGGUUUCUAUGUGGACUUGGUCAGCUGGUUAUGAUAUAAUAGAACAAGGCGAUGAUAUAGAGAAGAUUAUUAGUGAAAGAACACUUGUUAUAGUAAAUCAUCAGAGUACUGGGGACGUUCCUAUGUUAAUGACAACAUUUAAUGCAAAACCAAAUGUAUUACCCAAUUUAAUGUGGAUUAUGGAUAGAAUAUUUAAGUUCACUAACUUUGGCAUAGUUUCUAUUUUACAUCAUGACUUUUUUAUAAUUUCUGGUCGUAAACGAAGAGACGAAAGCUUAAGACAAUUAGAAAAACAUCUAAAAGAAUCAUACAUAGGACUUAAUAGAAAAUGGUUAAUUCUAUUUCCUGAAGGAGGUUUCUUAUGCAAGCGUCGUGAAACAUCACAAAAAUAUGCUAAAAAAAAUAAUUUGCCCAUCCUAGAGAAUGUGAGUUUACCUAGAGUAGGUGCAAUGCAAAUAAUAUUUAACACUAUCGGUCCAACGGAAGAUAAUAUGAUGCAACAUGACCACUUAGACAACAGAGCAAGCACGGCAGUAAAACCAGCUGAAAUCACCUGGGUUCUUGAUAUAACAAUAGCAUAUCCUCAGGGUAAACCUAUUGAUUUACCUACAAUUAUAACUGGUUCAAGAUCACCUUGCGAAACGUUUUUGUUUUAUCGACUUUAUCCUAGUAAAAUGGUUCCACGUGAACCAGAGCUAUUGUCUAAGUGGUUAUAUGAUAGAUGGGUAGAAAAAGAAUUGCUUUUGGAAAAUUUUUAUAAACAUGGCGCAUUUCUUGGUACACAUGACUCAGCUCCAAAGGGUUCGAAAAUCCAACAGGAUCCAUUAAGAUUCCUAGUCAUUCAUUUAUUUUUUAUAACAUCUAGUUAUAUACAUUAUAGUAUGUUUCAAUAUAUAUUAUCCUGCUUUUGGUAAGGCAUAUGCUAUUUAAGAAUAGCAUUAAAAUUUUAGGAUAAUUGUAACACAAAAAGUGGAUUAUUCCUGCCUUAAACAAUAUUAACAUUUAUUACAAUAAAAUAACGAGUGUAUGGAUUGUCAAUUCCAAUUGAACUAUUUACAAUUUAGAUACAUUUUAAUGGUUAAUGCCACUUUUUCAUUU